CCUCCCUCUUUUGUGUUUAUCAAUUUUCCUCCUUUCUCUCUCUUCUCUCUCUUUCUCACUCUCUCUAAACACAUGUUAGCUCUCCCUCGUUACUCCCCCUUCAGCGCCCCUUAUCCUCCUUCAGCGUCGCCGUCGGCAUCACCUUUUCUCCUCCUUCAGCAUUGCCGUCGAUGUCACAUCUCCGAUCAAGCGUCAGCGCCGCUAGCUUUGCUUCGAGUAUUCGAUCAGCCUCCAUUAUUUUGUAUAGACAAUUUGCCUGUCUCCCAAAACCCAAUUGCAGUGCCUAGUAGACGCCCUCAUGGCUUGACACGUGGGUUGAAGGUUCAAGCAAUGGUUGAGAAAGAUGGAAAGCUCAAAGUUCCCAUACCACAUGAGUAUCGUGCACCAGUGGGGGAUCAUGCCUCUCAAUUAGUCUCGAGAAUUGGUAUUGAGGUCCGAACACGACUUCAAGCAUCAUGGAGUUUCUUAAGAAACAAGGUUUCAAAGGAGAGGGCAUCCCAUGAACUUGUAGAUUGCUUUUUGGUUCAUAUGUGUUCAUUUCACAUGAUUUACUUGCCACCAGCUAGAUCAGUUGUUUUUUGUGAUUUAGGACAGAUGAAAGUCCAAUAUCAGAAAAAUGUAUUUUUGCUAAAUUGGUUUAUAAAAUAAAAUUAUUUAUAUAUUGUUUUAGAUGUAAUUGAUAAUAUAUUAAUGUUUUUCCUUUUUUUUUUUAAUUUUAUUUUUUUUAUAUUCUUUGGAGAUUGGUUUUUGAUGACAUUUGGAAGCAUAUUUGCAAAUUAAGAUCAAGUGUUGAUAUUUUUUGUGGACUGAUACUUAGUUCUACUUGUAAAUCAAGAUCAAGUGUUGAUAUUU